AUGGCCGUGAUUAGUACACUUCUUUACUACACGAAAACAGUUCUAUCGUUCACACUUUUGAGUUUGUGUGCACUUUAUGGUGUAGUGGCAUCGGUUGUUCUUACAUGCGUGGGAAAGCGUCACUUGGCACAAUGGACCACAGCGCGUGCGUUCUACUAUGUGAUGGGUACUUGCCUUGGCAUAAAAAUCGUUGUAGAGAACGCUGAAAACCUAAAUAAGAUGCCUGCCAUUUUAGUGUGUAACCACCAGUCCGUUUUGGACAUCAUGAUGUUGGGAAGAACUUUCCCUCAAGGUUGCACAGUGACAGCCAAGAGCUCCCUGAAAUGGACCCCAUUUCUUGGAUGGUUCAUGGUUCUUAGUGGAACGCUAUUCCUUGACAGAUCUAACAGGGAAAAAAGUGUGCGCACCUUGAACAAUGCCCUUCAUGACUUGCGCACCAAGAAGCGUGCCAUCUGGGUGUUCCCUGAGGGUACCAGAUCCCACUCGACUAAGGUGGGGCUACAACCUUUCAAGAAGGGUGCAUUCCACUUGGCCCAACAGGGUCACAUCCCCAUCAUUCCAGUGGUGGUCUCGAACACCAGUACCAUCAUGAACAGCAAGUACAAAGUCUUUAACAGAGGUGUGAUAACUGUCAAAGUGCUAGAACCUAUUCCUACCGACGACUUGAAGAAAGAAGAGGUCACUGAUUUUACCAACAAGGUCAGAGACAUUAUGGAGAAGACGGUGCAGGAAUUGGGCUACUCGCAAGCCAUCGUUGACACUACUUUGCCUCCAGAAGCCAGAUCAAUCGUCACAACUGUCUCUGAGAACGAGGCCGGAGAGGAAUCAGGUGACGAACAAGAGGAUGUCUCCUCGAAGGAUACUGUCGAAGAAGCUGUGGAAACUCUUGAAACUGAGGAAACCGAGGGCGCGGACACAGACGCCGAGCAUCACUAG